AUGGCCGAUACACACCCGACGCCGACGGAAAGCGUAACACCCUCAACUGCAUCAGCGUACCUUAACCCUUCCUACUGGGAUGAGAGAUUCUCGAAGGAGGAGAAAUAUGAGUGGUUCAAGGAUUAUUCCCAUUUCCGGCACAUCAUUCAACCCCAUCUCACACCCAAUUCCUCUGUCCUGGAGCUUGGAUGUGGAAACUCACAAAUGUGUGAUGGUUUGUAUAAAGAUGGAACAACCAACAUAACUUGCAUUGACCUUUCACAUGUUGCAGUCAACAACAUGCAAAACCGUUUGCUUUCUCAGGGAUUUAAAGACAUAAAAGUGAUGCAAGCUGAUAUGCUAGAGCUACCUUUUGAGGAUGAGUGUUUUGAUUUGGUUAUUGAGAAAGGAACUAUGGAUGUAUUGUUCGUGGAUAGUGGUGACCCAUGGAAUCCAAAGCCGGAAACUAUGUCCAAGGUCAUGUCCACAUUGAAAGGUGUUCACAGAGUAUUGAAAGAAGAUGGCAUAUUUAUCUCAAUAACUUUUGGCCAGCCACAUUUCAGGCGCCCUAUAUUUAAUGCACCAGAUUUCACCUGGUCUGUGGAGUGGACUACUUUUGGUGAAACCUUUCACUAUUUUGUUUAUGUUCUAAAAAAGGGACAGAGGUCAUCAUAUGAAGAUAUACAACCUGUGAAGAGGUUUGAAGUGCCGUCUUUUAAUCUGCUCCAUGAGGAGUUAGAAAGUGAAGAUUUUACUUUUCUAAUCAAUGUUGAUGAGUUGAACAGUUAG